AAAAAUUUCCGAGUUGAUUCAGUGUUGGAGUUAUUUGGCAGAGUUGAUCAUGUCAGUGUUAACCCAACUCCGCAGAGAUGUAAUUAAGCUCCGCCCAUGUCUUUCACCUCUUCGGUUAGAGACAGAGAAGACAAGUCUGCGCCAUUUUCUACCUCUCAUGCAGUACUACACGUCAUGGAGAGAUUUGGCCUGCCACCUGAUGCAAAUGUUAUAUACAAGGAUGCAACAGGGACAGAAGUUGAUGCAGAAAUAUUCAGCGACCUCGUUGGACAAGGCAAUGUGGUCCUGACAGUUUUCUCAGAUCAGGAAUUCUCUGAUUUCUCCUUGUCUUCUGAGACGUCUGACUCAAGCUUCAGCUCAAGUGCAUCAACUAUAAUCCUAGAUGUUCCUAACAAGAGACAAAGAAUUGAGGAUACACGUGAUGCUGUGUCUGCUAAACAGUUGAUAGAAGCUGUGCUCAGAGGCAAGUCUGGAGGUGAAGAUGUACUACAGGAGUACCAAACAACAGAAACCCUAACAGAUGCUGCAAGAAGACAAAUGGUUAAUAUCCUGGUGGCUCACAUGAUUGACAAUCAUGGGCACUGCCCCACUAAAACAAUCAGAGAAGAUUAUGCACGUGGGAUAGUGAUGCUGUUCCCUUCCCUUAAGGAUCCAUACUCCAAGAAGGGCUAUGAACACUUCUAUGAUGCUGCAAGCAGCACAGGAUACAUUUCUUGGCGUCUGAAAACAGUCCAGAGAAAGAUUCGUCAAGGAUCUGCACAGCCACCAAAUGGCCCAAUUGACUUUUCUCCAGGAGGCCCAAAUUGCCAAAGGACUGUUAAUGUUGAACGGCAGCUUGAUGAUGAUGCUUGCCAAGAGGCCAUGUCUUUGCUUAACCAUACAGCAGACAAUUUCCUGAUUUUCCAGAAGAUGAGAGAGACCUUUCAGCAUCGUCAGAAGCUUGUUAAUGACCCAGGCAGAAGUGUUGAUAUACUCUCCAGCUUCCCAAGAUUCCUGGAUACAAAAGGAUUGGUGGACCAAGACUUCCCUCUCCUAUUUGACGAAGACACAUCCUCCAGACUUCUUCAGAAAUGGGAUUUGUUCUUCAAGCCAAAUGUCAUUAAAGAGGCUAAGCGGCUCCUUUCACCACCUCCAGGGGGACUGAAGUCUCCAAAAAUUAGUGCAUGUGAUGCAGUUGAAAGUAUUUUAUAA